UCUCAUGCUAUAAAACAAAACCACCGGAAAACUUAUAGUUCUAUUACGAAUAAACAGUCUGUUAUUCCUGUGUUAUUACUGGAUCCGCUGUUACAGCAGCAGGCUGUAGUUGUGUCCUCCCUAAGUUUCCGCUGUACAACCGGGCUUCUCCUUUUACCGGGCCCGGCGCUCCCGGCCACUCAUAUAUCAUAACGACGGAGCCGGCAGGAAAUUAUUAUGGGCCCUGCGAAGACAAAAAAAAAAAAAAAAAAAAAAAGUUCCCACCGUGGUCAUAGGAGCGCAGAGAUGCCCGUCUGGUUUUUCAGGUUUUCCUUAGUCCCCCUUUAUCAUUUAUCUUGCAAUAAGCAAUAAAAAAUAAAAUUAAAUAAAUAGAAACAGAAUAUAUAUAUUUCCGAUUUUUAUCUGACUGUUCCAGAAGGAUUAUUUUUGUAGCUGGGAAAAAGAAUUUUGUAAAAAAGAAAAAAAAAGUGAAUGUCUUUUACCUGCUUACGCAGGAAAUUAGAUAUGCUGUUGACAGCCCGGCUGGUAGAAUAAUAUUGUAACAGAAACAUUAUUUUCCUGUGUGGCAGCCCGCUAACAAGCCGCUUCCACAGCAGGCUCUUUCCCCCAUAAACUCUACUGUAACUAUAUUCCCUUUAUCCCUCUCGGCUCAGAGUUUUAAACUGUCAUCCUGAUUCCUGUUAGGCUUUUCAAAAUGAUUUGAAUGCUUUGGAAAACGUGUUAUGCUGUUUGGCACAGAUGGCAAUGCAAGGUUAGUGUGCGCCUUUGUGUAAGCCAUAAGGUAAACGGUAAUAGUCCACAGAACUGUUGGCCCUAUCUUGCCUCCACAGUCUCCAGUGUCAGGUCUGUAUUGAAAAGUAAGAUGGAUCGCCACCAUUUCUCCUCCUCACAGUGCUUCUUGUAACCCUAGGUUCACCCGAGGAGGCCAUUGGCGGAGAGGCGUCACGUGACCACGGGGUGCCAAUGUUAUUCUACGAGGGUGUCAAGACCCUGUCAGUUUCUGAAAUAAAUAUUGGGAAACGGCGAGAUGCAAAAGGCGACCUACUACGACAGCUCCGCAAUUUACAGUGGCUACCCGUAUCAAAGCGCAAAUGGCUUCGGUUAUGAUGCCAAUCAGGUCCAAUAUCCCAGGGCCUCUCAUGUGGAAAGCGAGUACCAUCGACCCGCCUGCUCCCUGCAGUCUCCCGGCGGCGGCUCUGUUGCUUUGCAGAAGCCAGGGGAGAUGGUGGCGGAGGGCUGCGACAGGGCCAUUCAGGCGGCGCAGGCCAAGGUUCUCCCCGAAAGCAAUCAUCAAGCGCCGGUGCCGGUGUCAGGCCCACCGCCUCCCCCCUCGCAGUCCCCCGGCGGAGUCAGCCAAGAUGCGAGCAACGGCUCCGGCCAGCCCGGUGCAGCCAAGAGCGGCUCCCCGACCUCCGGUACCCGCAACAAACAGAUCUUCCCCUGGAUGAAGGAGUCCCGUCAGAACACCAAGCAGAAACCCGCCAGUAGCUCCAGUUCAGUGGAGAGUUGCCCAGGAGACAAGAGUCCCCCGGGGUCAGCAGCAUCAAAGAGGGCCCGGACAGCUUACACCAGCGCGCAGCUAGUGGAGCUGGAGAAGGAGUUCCACUUCAACCGGUACCUGUGCAGGCCCAGGAGGGUGGAGAUGGCCAACCUGCUUAACCUCACGGAGAGGCAGAUCAAAAUCUGGUUCCAAAACCGACGGAUGAAGUACAAAAAGGAUCAGAAGGGCGUCGGGAUGAUGCCGUCUCCUGGCGGACAGUCUCCCCGGAGCCCAGUAGGCCCACCGUCCGGUGGGGGCGGCGGUGGGGGGAGCGGAUACCUCAACUCUAUGCAUUCUCUUGUUAACAGUGUACCGUACGAGUCCCAGUCUCCAACCUCUUACAAUAAAACUCAUCAAAAUGCGUACGGUAUGGCUACGUCAUAUCCCCCUCCUCUGAGCAACUCCCUCAACAGCUGCCCACCCCCCCAGAAGAGGUACCCUGGGACUGACUCGGCCACGCCCGAGUAUGACGCGCACCACCCCCUGCACGGCAACGGCAACUAUGGCACGCACAUGCAGGGCAGCCCCGUCUACGUCGGCGGAGGCUACAUCGACUCUGUUCCCAGCUCCGGAGCCUCAGUUUUCGGUCUCACCCACCUCCCUCACCCGCCUCCUCCGUCCGCGAGCAUGGAGUACAACGGGGCGAUUACGAUGGGCAACAGCGGCGGCCAGCAUCACGGCGUGUGUGAUGCCACGCCGUCGUACACAGACCUAACGCCGCACUACUCUCAGGGAAGAAUCCAGGAAGCGCCCAAACUGACGCAUCUGUAGCAUGCGGCGCAUGCCUGGAUCACUCCGCCCCAUUGUCUCGUCCAAGCUCCAGACAUAUCCCCCUGCUUUGUUUCUGCGCCUCCUCAUGGCUCCCACCUUCUCCUUCUGCCUAUUUUUGUUUGUUUGUGUUCUCUAUAGUUUCAUGUGUGAAGUAGCGUAGGACAAAUAAUCACGACUUGCUUGAAUUUUCCUCUAUUUGCUUGUGUCAUUGUCUCACCAAGACAUGUAUGUACCAUAGAGUGUCUAUAGAGCCGAACGGAGGGAGGGAAGAAGGGCAUAGCAUAUCCAUAGGCUUAUUUAAUCUUUUUCCUUUUUUAAAACGUCUUUUUAAAAAUCUCAAACAGGGUAUUAUGAACACGUGUUAUUCAUUUUCAAUGUGAAACUGUCCGUCUUUAUUUAUCCGCAAUUGAAGAAUGAUGUUUUUAAAUUUUUUUUUUUUUUAUUUUUUUUUUGCAUUCUGUUGCACUUGUAUACAAAAAGAACCUUAAGAGCCAAGAGCUGGGAAUGUGAGGAGAUUACAUUUCAAACAAAGGGUCAUGAACUUGCACAGCCUUCCCUUUUGCUUCUGUUUUGUUCCAUUGGUCUUUUUAAAUGUUAUUUAUUCAGACUCCAAUAGUAUUAUUUGACGCCCCUCCAUCUCUGUCUGCAAGGGGAGAAGGUUGGUGGACAAACUAGCGCCAUGUUCGGCCCGUAUAUGCAGCCAUGUCACUUAGAUUGCAGGUUUUCCUAUUUGUUUCUUUCUUAGUAUUAUAAUUGUUACUAUUCGAGGAGGUGUUUCUAUUUUGUCAGCGAAUGAAAAAAGAAACCAAUCAGUCAUGCAAUAAGGGUGGAAAGAAGGACACACGUUUGCAGUUUCUUUAUUGAAUAAAAGGCAAAACACA